AUGAAGGGACGGGAUGGUUUGACGCGUCUUCUCACUGGUCCUGCUCCAACUAGUCUUGAGCCUGGUUCUCAGUCUCCAUCAAUGGCUCAAGCCCAUUGGGACAUUGUCGACUCCCUCCUCGAGGAAUGCAAACAUCGUACAAUGCGAAUGGUGAUUCAAAAGAUGGGACACGAAGCUCUGCAUCUAGGGCAUAACUACCAAUCAGUUUCAGAAGUUGAGGAGAACACGUUGGUCUCUGGUCUCUGUGAUCUUCUUGAGCGCAUCUGGUCUCAUGGACUUCAGAAGAAACACGGUGCAUCAGCGCUUUGGGCCCAUAUUCAAGGCUUUGUGAAACGCAAUGCUCAUGAAUCUCCGCAAUCGGUUGGUUUACUUCCCUCUCGGACACCGACUCAUUCUCCUGCUUUACCAUCUCGACUGCCACGUUCUGCAUCGACAGCAAGAGCUUCUGGCGCGUCUGCUUCACUGCGGAAACACGAUAGUUUACCUCGGAGGUCCUCUACAACAGCAGCGGCUUCUCCAGUGCCCAUUGAGAGUUCUGCGAGUGCAAAGUCUCCUCUGACUGCAAGCCGAUUUCGUCGAGCUCUUUGGACACCAUCUCGAAGCAGAUCAAACACCCCGGCACCUAUUGACUCCUCGAAUACAAGUGGCGCUACUGACGAUUCGGUAAUUAUCUCGGUAUCGAAUCUUCUGGACCUUGAUGGAACGUCUACCACGGCUUUCAUUGACGAUGUGGAGGCUGUCAAAAGUGUUGCUUCCUCUUCAACAGCUGCUGGUGGCUACAAACUCCGAACUAACAUUGGCUUAGCGAGGGCUUUUGUGCGUCUUGCUCUAGAGAAAAAACGCCUUUCUACCCAUCUCAAACUCCUUAUGUCGGAUUCAACUCUUCUGAGGGAGCUCUAUUCACGUCACGCUUUCCUGCGCUGUGAGGAGGAAAGGGAGCAAUUCCUUAUUCACCUUCUCUCCCUUAAUGCUGUGGAUUAUUAUUCUUUCACAAGAAUGCUACAGAAGGCUCAAAUGACCUACCGAGUAGCAAUUAUAACAGGAGGAAUGACAGGCGGGACUCGAAGUCGGUUGCCAUUGGCCUCGUCGGCUAAUGCCUGGGUUUGCUUGAGAGGUCAUUUGGGAAAUUCUGGACAUAUUCAUCUGUCUAGAGCCUCGCCUUCUUAUGUUGAAUUUAGUCAUGAAAAUCUGGGCAUACUAAGCACUCUUCUUAUUGGCCAUGACAACGCGGGUUUCUCACCUAAUAUGUUUGUGGAGGCUGUGAUUGUUAUCACACCGCUAACUAACCACACUUAUCUAUUCCCUUGCGGUCAUUGGUUGGGUCGUGGGGUUGAAGAUAAUAGUUGUGAACGCCUCCUAAUUGGUCAAAUAGCACAGGUGACUAAACAAGGAACUGUUAUUAUCCCGCGAUCCAUGAUCAGCCCUUCUGUGGAAAAUGAGGACACUGCUUCAAUAACCACCACUCCCCUAACGCGACUUUACUCAGACACUGUUCUCGAUCUUGCCACCAGCACAGUUUUGGAUCAUCUGGCCAACGCUGUGAAUCGAUUGGCCAAGCACUUCGCCUGCACAGGCCAGGCGGAAUCAUUCAUGUCCCUCUCGGCUCUGCUUUGUGGCAAGGAGCACGGCUUGGUACCCGCGCUAGAGGCUGUCUUCACGCAUGGCAUUCACUCCUCCGGCGUUUUCAAUCGUCGACGUCUUUAUGCUUGGGAUUUCUUUGGCAAGUCAUCAUUUCCCAUGGAUAUUAAACGCUUCGUUGAGCACCAUGCUCGAAUUGUAAGCAACGAGAAUCAACAGUCAAGCCGUCACAUAGACGUCACAGACGGUACUUCAGUGAAUAUUGGCGGUUUCGACGUGAGUUUUGCCACCUCUCCGUGUUUUGCUAGAACCCUUCCACGUCAGAGCACAUCUGGAUCCGGUCCGAGAAAUCUCGAUUCUUCUGGUCGGCGAACACCUCUUUUAGGCAGAGCCACUCCUCGCCUCUCGUUGAAGAGUUCCGCUUUGCCACCAAUUCAACCGUCUGCCACUUCCUGCAGUGGAUGGCAAUCUCAACCUUGUUCUCCCGGUGUUGCUCUCCAACGCAGGCAAUAUUACAACAGUACUCGAUCAAUCUUCGCUCUUGAAAACUUCAUCUCCACAUUCCAACAUGUUAACAGAAGUGGCUCCCAGAUUGGGAAACUCGGAAAGUUCCAGAGAAUGGUCUGCAUCGGCUGUAGGGAUCACACUAUAGCUUCUUGGUUCCCGGUUCUUGCUACAUCAGCGCCCAAUUUGGUAAAGCAGAUGUACGAUACUAGGAUUCCAAACUUUUUGAUGGAUCCAGAUCUAAGAGACAGCGUUCAAACACUUCUGACCACAUUGAACGACUUUAAGUUCAAAUUGGAUCCAGCCCUGCUUGGAUCUUGUUCAGAUGCCGAAUCAUCUUUGACGGCGACCAUCGAUUGA